AAAGAACCAAGGACCAGAUACCAGACACCGCAGACAGGGACCAGACAGGAGUAGGCAGGAGUAGGCAAGGAGUAGGCAGGCCAGUCUCAUGGCAGCAGACACCAUCACCAACAGCAGGCGGCUCAGUCCACUCCGCAAACCAGUCGCAACAGCACCAGCAGCAGCAAUACCUCCUGCAGGCGACAUGCAGCACCAGCAUCCAGGCCAGCUCUCCCCCGGCGCCAUGACCCAGCAGCUGCAGGAGCUCAGGCUGCAGGAGCCCGUCGAGGACGAGAUGUUUGAUCCAAAGCGCGGCACUUAUAUCCCAUACGGCGGCUUCGACACAGUCCUGGACAGCUACUACACCGAGGGAGACCCAACAGACCUCAAGAUCCUCGCGCCAAGUCAGAUGCAGCGCAGAGAGCAGAGUCGCUCGCCGCAGAGGGCAUUGCAGGCACAGCAGCAGCAGCCGGUAGUGCAGCAGCAGCAGCCAGUAGUGCAGGCACAGCAGCAGCAAGCAUAUCGCCAAGGGCCGCCGCCGCCGAGGCCUCCGCCUUCGCAAGACUACUACGAAGACCAGCGCGACUACCAGGAAGGGCCGUAUGAUCCAUACGUUCAGCCGCAGCAUCAGCAUCAGCCGCCGCAGCAGAGGAUGCAUAUGCCCAUGCAGCAUCCUCAGCAGCGCAUGAUGCCACCACGCCAGGGCCCUCCGCGUAUGCAGCAGCAGCAACAAAGACCUGAUGUGAGGAUGCGGCCAGCGCAAGGACCAGGACCAGGUCCAGGCUAUGACCCGCGUAUGGGUCCUAGACAAGCAUACAGGCCCAAUACCGCUGGCCCAUACCAGCCAGGACAACCACCACAGGGCUAUGCCGGGCAACCAGGACCACCGCCGCAGCAAGGCCCGUACCCGCAAGCUCCUCAAGCGAGCGGUCCGUAUCCAGGCGGCUAUCCGCCAAGCAAUCCUGGACCGCGUGGUCGGCCGUACAACGGUCCUCCCAGGCCAGUCACUGGAGCAGGACAAGCACCAGGCCGCAGUCCGCCCAUGCGCCACGGAGCAGAUGUCGGUGGUGGCAGCUACGACCUUGCUGCACCGCUGCCGCCUCGUCAGGAAGCGUAUGCGCAAGGUCCACCGCCUGCUCGACAAGAGCCGUACCAAGCGAUGCCUCCUCCGCAGCAGCAGAUGCAGCAAGCCUAUCGCAACGGCCCUAGUCCUGCACCCUCUCAAACGCGUUCAGAACACAUGCAGCGUGUUACCUCGCCGCCUGUUCAGCAGCAGGCACCGGCCACAGCUCCCUCCAGUCAGCGCAACAGUGCUCGCAGUGAAGACAACGCUGACAUGCUCAUGCAAGAGACUGAGCCGCCCGUCACCUUGCAGUCCCUCAAUGGAUUGCGACGCGAAGCUGCGCAGCGCAACGAUCCGGCCACAUCGCUCAAACUCGUCAAGAAGCUCAUGGAAGCAGCAGAAGUGCUAUGCAACGAACCAGAUGCAAAGCAAGCACGACGCAGCAAGGACGAUUACAACAGAGAAGCCCUGCGCACACUCAAGCAAAUCACAUCCCAAGAAUCGCCCUUCCCAGAUGCAGUCUUUUUUCUCGCAAACUGCUACGGCAACGGUGCACUGGCUCUCGACGUGGAUCAUCAGCGGGCUUUUGCUAUGUAUGAAUCCGCCGCAAAGCAGCAGCAUGCACCUUCGGCUUACCGUACAGCUGUGUGUCUCGAAAUUGGCGCCGGCACAAAACCAGACGUCGCUCGGGCGGUGCGUUUCUAUGAACGUGCAGCCAAUUAUGGCGAUGUCGCGGCCAUGUACAAGCUCGGUAUGAUUCUGCUGCGAGGUCUGCUCGGUCAGCAGCCAGAUGCACGCGGCGCUAUUGGUUGGCUUCAAAAGGCAGCAGACAAAGCGACCGUUGACAAUCCACAUGCUUUGCAUGAACUCGCGUUGCUGUACGAAAAGGGCGACCCGCAUGCCGGUAUUGCACAGCAUGAGCAACUCGCCAAGGACUUGUUUACGCGCGCUGCAAAGCUUCACUACGCACCGAGUCAAUUCCGCUUGGGAUACGCGUAUGAGUAUGGCACGCUUGGCUGUCCAGCGGAUCCACGUCGCUCCAUUGCUUGGUACUCGCGCGGCGCAGAGCGUGGCGAUCCAGAAUCUGAGCUUGCACUGUCUGGUUGGUAUCUGACGGGCUCAGACGGUGUUCUUGCUCAAAAUGACCGCGAAGCCUACCUAUGGGGCCGCAAAGCAGCUGAGCGCGGUCUUGCUAAAGCUGAAUUCGCAGUUGGCUACUUUUACGAGUCUGGCAUUGGCACAGAGGCCAAUACGGAAGAAGCCAUCAAGUGGUACAAGCGAGCCGCCACUGCGGGUCAGAAGAAGGCACAAGAUCGAUUGCUGGCACUCACGGGCAAGAAGCCUCGGCGCUAGUCUUGUUUGAAAGGGGGUCAUGUCAUUGCUUCCUUGUACAUCUACCUGUACGUUCAUCUCUUUGUCUAUUGUCGCGUCCACCAUCUCUUCUGGGCUGGCCCAGAGAGCGUCAAUUUCUGCAUCAUGCGCAGCUUGCGUCCAAAUGCAAACAAGACGCAUAUUGUCAAGAGACCUGCGCCUGCCGAAGCAGCGGCAAAGCCAUACGCAGACGUCUCCAUGUAAUUCACCAAGUUCAUCCCGUAUAAUCCUGCAAGU